AUGAUUUAACAACAAUUAGUUAACAUAAAAAUUGUCUUUAAAAUCCUUUAGCCAAGGAUAUUAAACUUGGUCAGUUGUGGUCAGUUGCCAUGACAGGAUGCCAGUUGCCAUUUAUAACAAUCCAAAUUCUUCUUCUAUUAACAGAAACGCUCUUCGAUCAUUUUUCAGUGACAGUGUUAAUAGUGACAUGGAGUUAAAUGAAGGACAAAGGAAACAUUUAGAAGAUGAAGUUGCCCAGGAAAAGGACAGAUAUCUUCGAAUGGAUGUACAGUCGAAACGAAAAUUUUAUUCAUGUGGCAAUAAAUAUGUAGAUCUUUCCAGUAUCACAUCCUGGACAUUAUAUGCUCUUGCUAACCAUAUUGCUGGGGAAUCGAAUGGUCCAUGGCAAUACAACGAAACUAUCAACAAUAAAGUUUCCUUAUUCAUCGGAGAUAUUACAAAUCUUGAAAUCGACUGUAUUGUUAAUGCUGCCAAUAAAAAGUUAGCUGGUGGAGGUGGUGUUGAUGGGGCUAUCCACAAAGCAGCUGGUAUGGAAUCAUUAAAAAAAGCUUGUAAAUUACUUGGUGGCUGUGAAACUGGUGAUGCUAAAAUCACUGGAGGAUACAAAUUGCCAGCUAGAUAUAUAAUUCAUACUGUUGGACCGGUUGGUGAAAAGCCCGACUUACUGAAGAGUUGUUAUACUAAAUGUUUAGACCUAAUGAAAAGUCACAACUUAAAAAGCAUUGCGUUUCCCUGUAUUUCAACCGGAGUUUACCGCUAUCCAAAUGAGCACGCAGCUCAAGUUGCCUGUAGUUCGGUUAGAGAAUGGCUUGAUCGGGAACCUGAAUAUGUUAAAACAAUAGACCGAGUCAUCUUCUGUCUGUUUAUGGAGGUUGAUAUCAAAGCUUAUAAAAAUACGAUGGCCACUUACUUUCCAACAUGCGAUAAAAUUUCAAAUAACUAAUGAAAACUUGUGUUGCCUAAAUGCCGCUGUUCCUAAAAUAAAUCAAUUGUAAAUCAUCUUUCCUCUCUUGA